UCUAUUAGCAGCCUUGGGCGUUUUCCAUGGUCUCUGUUUUAGCCAUGGCUAAAACUCCCUCCUUUGGCUGCUGCUUCCUCCUAUUCUUCUUCUUCUUUUUGUCUUCUUCCUUUGUCGCAUACGCCAUAUCCCCAACAGAAGCUGCCUUCCUUGUCCGGCGACAGCUAUUAACAUUACCAGAAAACGGCGAACUCCCUAAUGACGUCGAAUACGAGGUUGACCUCAAGGCUACAUUUGCCAACUCGAGGCUUAAAAAAGCUUACAUUGCUCUCCAAGCCUGGAAAAGAGCUAUAUAUUCGGACCCCUUUAAUACCACAGGAAACUGGCAUGGUCCUCACGUGUGUAACUACACGGGUGUGAUAUGUGCACCGGCUCUUGAUGAUCCUAAUGUCACGGUUGUAGCUGGUGUUGACCUCAACGGUGCGGAUAUCGCAGGACAUCUGCCUGCUGAGCUUGGUUUGAUGACGGAUGUUGCUAUGUUCCAUUUGAACUCGAACCGGUUUUGCGGUAUCAUCCCUAAUAGUUUUUCGAAGCUGAAGCUGAUGCAUGAGUUUGAUGUUAGUAACAACUGUUUCGUUGGACCUUUCCCGUGCGUUAUCCUCACUUGGCCUGAUGUUAAAUACUUCGACGUUAGGUUUAAUGAUUUUGAAGGUCAAGUCCCUCCUGAGCUUUUCAAGAAAGAACUUGACGCUAUUUUCUUGAACAACAAUAGAUUCACUUCGACUAUUCCUGAAACUCUAGGAGAUUCUACAGCCUCGGUUGUGACAUUCGCUAACAAUAAAUUCACGGGAUGUAUUCCUAAGAGUAUCGGAAACAUGAAGAGUCUCAACGAGAUUGUGUUCAUGGACAAUGGUUUGGGUGGUUGUUUCCCGUCUGAGAUAGGAAUGUUAUCGAACGUGACGGUUUUCGACGCGAGCAAGAACUCGUUUAUCGGUCGGUUACCGACUAGUUUUUCCGGGUUAACGGGUGUGGAGGAGUUGGAUAUCUCCGGAAAUAAACUUACUGGAUUAUUAGCGGAUAGUAUUUGCAACUUGCCUAAUUUGGUGAACUUUACUUACUCGUACAACUACUUCAAUGGACAAAGUGGUUCGUGUGUUCCGGGUGGUGGUAGGAAGGAGACUGUUUUGGACGACACACGUAAUUGCUUACCUGAUAGACCUGAACAACGGUCGGCACAGGAAUGUGCUGUGGUGAUUAAUCGUCCGGUUGACUGUAGUAAGGAUAAGUGUGCUGGUGGUGGAUCCUCAACUCCACCGAGACCGGUUCAAAAGCCAUCACCAGUUCUAACUCUGCCUGUUCCUGAACCCUCGCCAGUUCCGACCCGGCCGGUUCACAAACCACAGCCGGAUGAUCCUUACAAUCAGUCUCCAGUGAAGAACCGUCGCAGUCCUCCUCCACCAGCUCCGGUAAACUCUCCUUCACUUCCUCUUCCGUCACCUCCUCUACCACCACCGGUUCACUCUCCCCCACCUCCUGUUAACUCUCCUCCACCGCCGGUCCACUCUCCACCACCACCAGUUUAUUCGCCACCACCACCGCCUGUCUACUCUCCUCCACCACCCGUCUUUUCACCACCACCUCCAGUCUACUCUCCUCCACCACCACCAGUUCACUCGCCACCACCUCCCCCGGUUAACUCACCACCACCACCACCAGUUCUCUCUCCACCGCCACCUGCGCCUGUUCACUCACCGCCGCCACCUGUCAACUCGCCACCACCACCAGCUCCGGUGGAGAACAAACAGACACCGGCUGCACAGGCACCAGCUCCAAGUGAGUUCAUCACACCAACACCAGCUCCGGUGGAGAAGAAACAGACACCAGCUGCACAAGCACCAGCUCCUAGUGAUGAGUUCACCACACCAUCACCAUCUCCGGUUGCACAAGCACCAGCUCCAAGUGAUGAGUUCAUUACACCAACACCAGCUCCGGUGGAGAAGAAAGAGACGCCGGCUCCAAGUAAUGAGUUCACCACACCAUCACCAUCUCCGGUGGAAAAGAAAGAGACGCCGGCUGCACAAGCACCAGCUCCAAGUGAUGAGUUCAUCAUACCACCCUUUCUCGGCCACCAAUAUGCAUCGCCUCCACCUCCAAUGUUCCCAGGCUACUAAUAUCAAUGGAAGAGAGAAGAACCGACUAUAUAUAAAAGGAAACUGUAUUCGUCUUGGACUAGUAUUGUAAAAUGAAAGAAGAGAAAAUUCGAGGAAGAAGGAGAAAAGAAGAAGACAAUGGAAGGCUAACUAAUGUAUGAGAAGCGAAAACAGCUUGUUACCAGAGGUGUGAUAAAUUUGUACAAUUACAACUUCUGAUGAUCGUUGAAGAUUUUAUGCUUCUAAAUCAAAAAGACUUGUUUUCGUUAACUUAGAUAGGUUUCAAACAUUACAAGAUUAUGAAGACUUGUGUCUCUUGUUCUUGCGACUCUUAUACAAAUAACUCUUUUUGUUAGCA